UAUACAAUGGCAAUAGAUAAGAGAAGAAAGAAUCAAGACUCUGAUGAUGAGGAUGAUGAAGUUGUAAACAACAAAAGUAGUUUAAAGACAAAGAAGAUAAAGAUAUCAAAUGAUACUCCAUCUAGCAGUGAUGAGAGUGAUAAUGAUAGUGAUAGUGAUGAUGUAGCUAAAGUACAAAGUGAUAGUGAUAGUGAUAGCAGUAGUGAGAGUGAGAAUGAGAGUGAAUCAGCAUCAGAUGAUCAAUCAAGUAGUGAUGACGAAAAUGACAACGAAGAUGAUGAUGAAGAUGAAGAUGAUGAGACAAAGACAAAGAAAAAGGUUGAAGAAGAGAAAGAACAAAUAUUGAAGAAAUUAAAGGAGGAGAAGGCAAAGGAUAAACAAAGGAUGAAGAUGACACAGGAGGAACAGAAGAAGGAAAAGGAGAAGAAGACUGGCAAGACUGAACAACAAAAGAAGAAGAUGAUGGAUAUGGAGAAACAAAAGAAGCGAGCUGAGAUGUCCCAAUACCUGUCCACCUGGAAGAAUGACCGAUCCAGCUGGAAGUUCAACAAGAAGAUCCAAGUAUCAAUCCUAAACAACAUAUACAGCAGAGAACUUAUCCCUGAGAAGUACUUCCAGAUUGCGAUGGACUACUUGAUGGCAUUACAAGGAAUGGCUAGGACAAAGACUAUUGAGGAGGCGACCGUUAAUUCAAAGUUGAAGGUGGCUGAUAAGUCAAGUGAUGAUGAGGAUGAUGAUAGUGAUAAGGAGGACGAUGAUGAACUCACCAAUCAACGUUGGAAGAAGGAGAGAGCAAAGAGACUACUGAAACGUCUACUGAAGCAGGAUAAUGAUAACAGUGACAGUGAUGACAGUGACAGU